CUCUUCAACUAGGUAGGACAUUGAUGCCAAGGGAAAAUGCUACAGCGCUCAUUCAACUCUCCACCUCCUUUUCCAGCUUUGAAUGAACAGUUGAAGUCCUUGAUCUUCUUGAAAGAAUGGAACUUGAACCAUCUCAAGCAGAUCAACUCUGUUCUCAUCACUUGUGGCCUCUCACAUCACAGUUCCUAUAUCAGCAAACUGCUCCGCCUUUGCCUACUUCUUCCUUCGUUCCCAUCUUCUUAUGCUUCUUCUCUCUUCAAUCAAAUAAAAAGACCCACCAUACAUACAUGGAACGUCAUGUUCAAAGGCUUUUCUAUUACUUCACACCCUCACAAGUCCAUUAAUUUCUAUAUGCAAAUGCGUCAAGAUGGGAUUUUUCCAAAUAAACAUACCUUCCCUUUACUUCUAAGAGCCUUUUCUAAAGCCAAAAAUGAAAACCCAGUUAUUCUUUUAGCUCAAAUAUUUAAGUUCGGAUACAUUUCUGACCAGUUUGUGCAGAAUUCUUUGGUUUAUACUUUGGCUAGCAGUGCUUAUGUUGAUCUUGCACGCCAAGUGUUUGAUGAAAUUACGAACAAGGAUGUGCUUUCUUAUACUGCUUUAAUUGAUGGGUAUGCCAGGAAUGGUCUGCCCGUUAAGGCUUUGGAGCUUUUUGUGGAGAUGAGGCAAGCAGAAGUUAAGGUGGAUGAGGUGGCUGUUGUAGCAGCUCUUUCUCCUGCUGGAACAUUAAAAUUUGUUUGGUUUGGUAGGUGUCUUCAUGGUUUCUAUGUGGAGGCUGGGAGGGUUUCUAGUGAUGUUUACAUUGGUAGCGCUCUUGUUGAUAUGUAUGCUAAAUGUGGAUUUUGUGAUGAUGCCUUGAAAGUUUUUGAAGACAUGCCUUACAAGAAUCUUAUUUCUUGGAGUGCUAUGAUUGCUGGAUUUGUACACUGUAAUAGGUUAAGGGAAGCACUCUGUGUUUUCCAAGAGAUGCUGGCUGGAAGAGUUGUUCCCAAUCAAGUAACAUUGACAAGUGUUCUCAGUGCAUCUACUAGGCUUGGGGCACUGGAGCAGGGCAGAUGGGUUGCUCGUUAUAUAAAAGCACAUAAAAUAGAAAUCAACGCGGCACUUGGCACUGCUUUGAUAGAUAUGUAUGCAAAGUGUGGGUGUAUCGACGAGGCAUUAUUGGUUUUCGAGAAGUUACCAGAAAAAGGUGUUUAUGUAUGGACUGCUAUGAUCAAUGGCUUGGCAACACAUGGUGAUGCUGAGAAGUCCUUGGCCUUCUUCUUAGAAAUGUUAAGCAAUGGUUUAAGACCCAAUGAAGUAACUUUCGUUGGCAUUCUCGGUGCUUGUUCUCAUGGAGGACUCGUGGAUGAAGGAUGGCGGUUGUUCUCAUUAAUGGACCAAGUUUAUCGUGUAAAACCUAAUAUAGAUCAUUAUGGCUGUAUGGUCGAUCUCUUAGGCCGGGCAGGUUAUUUGGAAGAAGCUUGUAGAUUGAUCCAAGACAUGCCAAUGGAACCUACUCCUAGCAUAUGGGGCGCUCUCUUUGGUUCUUGCAUGAUUCACAAGGCUUAUGACUUAGGUGAAUGGAUAGGAAGACAUCUAAUCGACAUACAGCCUUAUCAUAGUGGCAGAUAUACACUCUUGGCAAACUUGUAUUCGACUUGUAAAAACUGGGAAGGGGUAGCUCAAGUUAGGAAAAUGAUGAGAGAGAUGGGUGUGGAAAAGAUCCGGGGGUGUAGUUGGAUUGAAUUGAACGGGGAAGUGCAUGAGUUUAUUGCCUUUGACGGUUCACAUGCUAAGUCUGAAUACAUUUACUCCGUUUUAGAUAACCUAUUCGGUCAAAUACAACACAUUACUAUUUUUCCAGAUGCUGAUUCUUUAGUUCUUGAGAAUAGCUGAAAGUAACCAGAGUUUAGAUAUGCUGAACGUCCAAUAAAGCCUUAGUUAACCUGACUUUAUUUGCAUAAUGCUUGUUUUAUAUAUUGGUUUCAACUUGAAGUUUAGUGAAAAGCUCUAAUCUGACCUUAUGUAUUUGCUUACUAAUAUUUAGACACAAUGAUAAGUGUUCCUUCAAA